UCAUAGAUAACGCCUCCUAUGAAUACCUGCGACAUUUCUCUACUAAAAAGCUGCAUUCCCUCACUUAAUUCGAGGUUUCGAGCGGUUAUUUGAAGACAGAAACGAGAUGGCCUUUUUGAAGUUUGGAUUUUUCAUUUUCGUCGUUUGCUACAGCACAGCUGCCGCUGGGGUUAUCGAUGCGCGGUCCGGACGGGGCAAGAUGUCAGCGACGCAGGACAACUGCAAAGACUGUAAGCAGAUCCUGGAGCUGUUCGUAGAUGUGAUCUCUGACGCCGACACACAGGACAAGUUCAAAAGCAUCCUGGAUGAACUGUGCAACCAAUUGCCAGACACCACGACCCAGAAUGUCUGUCAGGACCAGGUCAAGCAGAUCCUGCCCAUGAUCAUCCAGUUCCUGACUGACUUCAUUAAAACGAAUCAGAUAUGCACAAUUCUGGGAGAGUGCAAGAGCCAAUCACAGGGCAUGGAGCAGGAGUUGCUGACCAAUUAUAUCACUGAGGUCCGCCUAUCACCUGGGCCAGGCACUAUGACAGAGAUGACCAAUCUGCAGUGCACGUUAUGCAUGUAUCUUUUCAAAACUCUGGAGACUCUGUUACCCAGCACUGAGGGCAUUGUAAUAAAGGUGCUGGCCCAGGUCUGCUGGAUCCUCCCUGCCAGGCUGAGAGAGAAGUGCCAGGUCGUCGUGGAGCUGUACAUCCGGCAGCUGCUGGACGUCCUGCUGUCUUGGUUCACGGCCAAGAAGGUGUGCUGCCUGCUUCAGCUUUGCCCCUUCCAGGGCCCCACCUCCCCAGACUGCGACUCCUGUCAGACGUUGGCGAACUUGGCGCGAUUCCACCUGGGCUCCAAUGCCACGGAGCUUCAGACCUCCGCCUUCCUGGAGUCUGUCUGCCUCUCGCAUCCCAGCUCAAUCCCAGAGUGUGAUGCUUUUACCCAGCGCUAUGGGCUUCUUCUGCAGAAGGCCCUGACCAAGCCAGUGGGCAUCCUGGACCAGUGUCAGGAGGCGCUGUUGUGUGCAGCAAAGGAGGAUUGUGAUGCGGUGGGCGGAGUCCCAGUUGACCCAUGCAGGAGAGGGAGCUACAGAUGCAGGGACAUAAAAACUGCAGAAAAGUGCAAUUCUGUGUCCUUCUGUCAGAAGUACAUGUGGAUAUAAGGCCCACUGUCCCAGGAGCAGUCCAUCCCUCCAAAUGGAUGAAUGAAGACUGAAUCGGAAGCAUUCGCCGUGAGGACUCUGGGGCUGAUUCUUCAGCUGUGUUUCACUAACCCUGCACUUACAUAUCAGCCAAUAAGAUGCAAGAUUUCAUACACAUCACUAACCCUGCACUUACAUAUCAGCCAAUAAGAUGCAAGAUUUCAUACACAUCACUAACCCUGCACUUACAUAUCAGCCAAUAAGAUGCAAGAUUUCAUACACAUCACUAACCCUGCACUUACAUAUCAGCCAAUAAGAUGCAAGAUUUCAUACACAUCACUAACCCUGCACUUACAUAUCAGCCAAUAAGAUGCAAGAUUUCAUACACAUCACUAACCCUGCACUUACAUAUCAGCCAAUAAGAUGCAAGAUUUCAUACACAUCACUAACCCUGCACUUACAUAUCAACCAAUAAGAUGCAAGAUUUCAUACACGUCACUAACCCUGCACUUACAUAUCAACCAAUAAGAUGCAAGAUUUCAUACACGUCACUAACCCUGCACUUACAUAUCAGCCAAUAAGAUGCAAGAUUUCAUACACAUGACUAACCCUGCACUUACAUAUCAACCAAUAAGAUGCAAGAUUUCAUAAACGUCACUAACCUUGCACUUACAUAUCAGCCAAUAAGAUGCAAGAUUUCAUACACAUCACUAACCCUGCACUUGCAUAUCAACCAAUAAGAUGCAAGAGGCAUACAUAUCACAAACUUUGCACUUACAUAUCAACCAAUAAGAUGCAAGAUGCCAUACACGUCACUAACCCUGCACUUACAUAUCAGCCAAUAAGAUGCAAGAUGCCAUACACGUCACUAACCCUGCACUUACAUAUAAACUAAUAAGGUGCAAGAUGCCA